CAGUGUGUAAGUGUGUGUGAGUGGGUGUUUACGCACGCAGAGGAAAGCCAGGUGGUCGCGUCUUAUCUUAACCAAUUUCUUUGUCGUUUUGUUCCUCUAUAGCUGAAAAAAAGUCCUGCAGGAUCCGUAUCCCUGGCUCCAAAGUGGAUUAAUCCAACAUGCAUCCUUGAGUUGAAAAGCUGACUCAAAUAUGAAUGCCAGGAUGAGCUGUCAUGUCACUGCACAGCGAGGAAUUGGCAGAGACAGUGAUUUGGAGUCCAGUCGACUAUGAAGUAGAUUGGGACCAGAAAUCCCCGGGGAGAGAGAGUGAGACGAGGUCAGACAGGAGGGCUAUAAAAGCUCUGCCUCCUUUACUGGAACAUGCACUUAAUGUCAAUCCGGGUAUGACUGGAGGUUUGGGAUGCACAGCAGUGAACCCUUUGGCUAAAACUGCUAAAUGUGAACAAGUAUGCUGAGCAGAGGAACGCUUGAGGUCGAGAUUGAGUCAAAACAAUGUGGAAGUCCCAGAAAAGUUCCGGCUGUUUAUUCUUCCUCUGCUGCAUCUGCCUGGCCGAGUGUCGGGUGCUGAAGUUUGUCGUCGCUGUGUUGCGCCACGGCGACCGAUCACCCAUUGAGUCAUAUCCCAGGGAUCCGCAUGGGGCAGACGUGUGGGCUCAGGGCUUCGGACAGCUGACUGAGCUGGGCAUGAAACAACAGUUUGAGCUGGGCAGGUUUCUGAGGAGGCGCUACGGAGACUUCCUCAGCGAGGACUACGACAACAGAGAGUUUUAUGUCCGGAGCACCGACUACGACCGGACUCUGAUGAGCGCCCAGGCCUGCCUCGCUGGAAUGUUCCCCCCAUCCAGACGCCCGCCUCCCAUCGUGCCCCAGUUGCUCUGGCGGCCCAUUCCAGUGCACACCAUCCCCAGGGCUCAGGACAAGCUGCUGAAGACUCCAGGCAAAGACUGUCCAAGGUUCAGAGCGCUGAUGACGGACACCUUCGAGAGCGAGCAUUACCAGAGGUUCCUGAGGACUCACCAGCACUUUGUGGAGGGACUCUCCAACCACACCGGUUACCCUGUGUCCAAACUGGUCGGCAAAAAGAUAUGGAGGGUCUACGACACGCUCAACUGUCAGAGGGUCCAUAACUUGACUCUCCCACGUUGGGCCACCCAAGACGUCCUGGACACCCUGAGGAGAAUCGCGUCCUUCGAGGUCACGUACAGCAUCCUCAGCCACAAGAGGAAAGAGAAGGCCAGGCUCUCGGGAGGGGUUCUGCUGAAUGCCAUCCUGAGGAAUUUCUCCCGUGCCGUGGAGCAAGGCAGCAGCCUGAAGUUCAUUAUGUACUCAGCUCAUGACUCCACACUCAUCACCCUCCAGGCAGCGCUGGACGUGUACGACGGCCUUCUCCCGCCUUACGCUGCCUGUCAGCUCUUCGAGUUCUACCAGGAGUAUGAUGGGUCCUAUUCUCUGGAGCUGUAUUACCACAACGACUCCAGGCGGGAGCCCUACCCCAACGCCGUGCCGGGAUGCAACGGGCUGAACCCCUGCCCUCUGUCCCUGUUCAGUGAGCUGGUGCGGGACGUGGUGGCGGAGGACUGGGAGGCCGAAUGUGGGUUUCGGACAAAAUGGUCCAGCACAGGUGUGUUAACAGCUCUUGCAGUGGCCGUGGGUCUCCUGGCAGUGGCGCUGUUGUGCAGCAUAGGAGUGGCAGUCCACAGGAGGCGGAGGCACUAAUCCAGGGAGGUGUAAUGCAACGUGCCAAAAAUACAGAGAGGUGCUCGGGAGCUGCGGAAACAGCUCUAAUAAUAAUAAUGUGCCAUGCAUUUUCAUAAUUCACAUGCUGGCUGUGUGUGUUCAUGAGCUCUCUUUUCAUGUUCGUGGAUUGUUAAUGAAAAUAAUUUAACAGAGA